GAGGGCGCUUCCUGGUGACUCUAAAUCUUGAUGCUGCACGAGCCUGAUUCAGUAUUCGCAAGAGGCUUUUGGGAGACCCUCUCUCUUUCGCUGGAUGCACGAACGGACUUUGCUGUCCCAGUUUACUGGACUUGUUCGUUGUGGCGAAUCUGCCGUUGCCGUGACGGUGGCUAGGCGCGCAGGGCCCUGACGUGAAGCUUGCGGAAUCUGCUGCGGGAAGAAGAACGCCAGGGUUCCUCGGGCAACUACAGUCAUGGCGGCGACUGCCCCCAGUGCGGGGGCCUCCGCGCCUGAGGCGGCGGGUUCCGCCGAAGCCCCGCUGCAGUACAGCCUUCUCCUGCAAUACCUGGUGGGCGACAAGCGUCAGCCCCGGCUCCUGGAGCCCGGCAGCCUGGGCGGGAUCCCGAGCCCGACCAAGAGUGAGGAACAGAAGAUGAUCGAGAAGGCGAUGGAAAGCUGUGCCUUCAAGGCAGCGCUGGCCUGCGUGGGAGGAUUUGUCUUGGGAGGUGCAUUUGGGGUGUUCACUGCCGGCAUUGAUACCAAUGUGGGCUUUGACCCUAAGGAUCCUUACCGUACGCCGACAGCAAAGGAAGUUCUUAAAGACAUGGGACAGAGAGGAAUGUCCUACGCCAAAAAUUUUGCCAUUGUGGGCGCCAUGUUUUCUUGCACUGAGUGUUUGGUAGAAUCUCACCGGGGGAGAUCAGAUGGCAGGAACAGUGUCAUUAGUGGCUGCAUCACGGGGGGAGCCAUUGGUAAUGUCAUUUCUCCUUGCUUUACAGCUGGCUUAAAGGCCGGGGUCAUUGGGUGUGGAGGUUUUGCUGCUUUCUCUGCUGCCAUUGAUUAUUACCUACGGUGAGAGUUCCUGCCUCCAGGGAAGGACACUGCCAGCCCAGGAUCAGAGCUGCUCUGUGGAGGCCAGUUCUGUCCCACUGCAGGGCCCUUGCUUCAGAGACCGCAGACCUUUGUUUUCCCUCCUACCGGUGGUGUCAUGAGGGAGCCACCUGGCUGCCGCCUGCCUCCACCUCUGAGGAGCGACAUCGUCCGCUCCCGGGUUCCCGCCACGCUGUGUGGGGGAUGUGCCAUGCCUGCCUCUCUCGGGCAGAUCAGGAGUGUGUUGACUGGUAGGAGUGAAGUUCCCUAAAGGUUCUGUCCCAACCACAGCUGGCCCUCCGGUGCUUUCCGUGCGGUGGGACCAGAGGUGACUGGACACGUACCCGGAGCUCGUGUACUUCGGAACCCCACGGAGUCGUCCGUCCCACAUGGCAGGGCAGCGUAAAUGUAGACUGGCCAACCCAUUGUGUCAUUUGUUUAGUGUUCUGCCAUCUUUGUUAAAAAAGUUAGGUUACAGUUUAAAAGGUUGGUUUUUCGGGGGAGGGAACAGCGACAGCGUGGUCCCAUCCGCUCCUCCUCCACUUCCCAUUACGGACAAUAAAGGCUUUUCAUACCGUAAAA